AUGGCAAAUUCUUUUCAACCUGAAAUACAUAUUUAAGAAAACGAAGUAGAAGAACAAGAAGAUUUACAGUAAGAUAAAAUCCCUGUAUAUAAUAAAGUAGAAGAAAGAAAAAAGAGGAGGAUAGUUAAGGCUUCUCAUUAUUUGUUUAAUUAACAAGUAUUAAUGAAAAAACCUUCAAAGAAAAAAAAAGAUUAGCAGGAGACAGAUGAAUAGGAAGAAGAAGCAAACCAAAAUGAGGCUGAUAUAAGAUAAUUUAAAUAUUUUAGUUAAAAUGAGUUAGACUCAUAUGAAGAAAUCGAAUAGAAGAAAAAGAAAAAGAAAUGGGUUAAUCCAUUACAAGUAUUUAAAAAGCAUGAAAAACCAAGAAUAACAGAUUAUGAAAACGCGCCAGGCAGAUAUGAUUCAAGAAAUAUUUACGAACUUAAAUUCCCUCGUAUUGUAAACUUAAAGACUAAGGAUAUUAGAUUGGAAAAAGAAUUAGAUCCAUACUUAAGAUAAAUAAUAUUUGAUCACAAUCAAGUGAAAAAAAAUGUGGUAAAUGUUUAGUUUGAUGAGAAAAUGAAAUAAUAUAAAGAGUAAUUUGCUCUAUAUAAACAAGGACUCGAUGAACUAGACGAAAUCAAUCGACUUGCUGCUUUAAAUAAAUAUGGGGCAUAUCCUGGAUAAGAAAUAUAUAUUCCACCUUAAUUUAAUUUAAGAUCUGUUAAGUUAUACCCACCAUAAUUAUAAGCUGAAAACAUGAUAAGAAAUUACAUACCUUAAAGUCAAAUCCAUAAUAGUAAUAGCUAUGUUAAUUUACAUGAUCACUUUGACAAGUAAAAGAAACCUAGAUUUCUAGCACCAAUCCCUCUCACCAUGAAAAAUGUACUCAACAUAUGA